UGCAGGGAGCGGAGAGUUGGUUGAACAGAGUGGAUCAGACACGCUGUGUGGGCACUGCUGAGCUUGUCGUCCAGCUGUCCGGAGGAGAGCUGCGCAGCUUGGAAACAUAUGAUCUGAGAAGGUGUGUGGUGUCCUCCUUUCUGCUGCUACCAGGAUGCAGUUCUCAGUCACACUGAGCCUCUGCCUGCUGGGCUUGGUUUUCGUCUCGCUGUUCCCUCAGCCAGCGCGGGGCCAAGUUUCAUCGCCCCGGAGAUUUCGCUCCAAAGUCCUGAGCCCCACCAAGCUGCAUGUGUCCUGGAAAGAGCCAAAAGGAGCGUAUGACAGCUACAAGGUCAUUUACAAGAUACAACCAGGCGGCGAGCAGAAGGAGGUGCAGCUAUUGAAGCAGGACGCGAAGCUGGUCAUCAACGACUUUGACUCGUCUAAGGAAUACAACUUUCAGAUCUUUGCUCUGAGUGGAGGAAAGCAGAGCAAACCUCUUCAUGCCAAACAUGAAGCUCAGCGAUCAGGCGUGGAGAUGGUUCAGUCUCAGAGGGCACCAGGCGGCGAAGUCACCCUGGAGAACAACGAGAUCUCAGAAGCUGAAGAGUUUAUGUGCAAGACGUCGGCCAUUUCCGACAUCGUCAUUCUGGUGGACGGCUCCUGGAGUAUCGGCCGCAUCAACUUCAGGCUCGUCCGGACCUUCCUGGAAAACCUGGUCAGGGCUUUCAACGUGGAGUUUGACCAGACCAGGAUUGGCUUGGCUCAGUACAGCGGAGACCCUCGGAUCGAGUGGCAUCUUAACGCUCACACCACCAAAGAGGCUGUGAUCGACGCUGUGAAGAACCUGCCGUAUAAAGGAGGAAACACUCUGACAGGUCUGGCUCUGACCUUCAUCCUGGAGAACAGUUUCAAACCCGAGUCCGGAUCCAGAGCUGGCGUUCCAAAGAUUGGAAUCCUCAUCACUGACGGGAAGUCUCAGGACGACGUGAUCCCCCCCGCCCAGAGCCUGAGGGAAGCCGGGAUCGAACUGUUCGCCAUCGGUGUGAAAAACGCCGACGAGAAUGAGCUGAAGGCCAUCGCCUCGCCUCCUGAGGAAACUCACGUCUACAACGUGGCGGACUUCAGCGUGAUGAGCAACAUCGUGGAGGGCCUCACCAAGACCGUCUGCGACCGAGUGGAUCAGCUCGACAAACAGAUCAGAGGAGGCGGAGAACCUGCCCCUCCCCCCUCGGCUGUGGCUCCGCCCCGCGACAUCAAAACAUCUGAGAUCACAGCUCGCAGUUUCCGGGUGACGUGGACCCACGCGCCAGGCCAGGUGGAGAAAUACCGCGUGGUGUAUUACCCGGCCAGCGGAGGAGCGCCGGAAGAAAAGGUGGUGCAGGGCACGGAGAACAGCGUGGAGCUCACCUACCUCAACUCUCUCACUGAGUACCAUGUGGCCGUUUUCGCAAUUUACCGCAGCUCAGCCAGCGAGGGCCUGAGAGGAAGCGCCACCACACUGGCCCUGCCCACGGUGAACAACCUGGAGCUGUUCGAUAUCACUCACAGCACCAUGAGGGUCCAAUGGAAGACCGCCGCCGGGGCUUCUGGGUACAUGAUCCUGUACGCCCCGCUGACUGAGGGAGACCCCGCAGACGAGAAGGAGGUUAAGGUACUAGACUCUGUGAACGAGGUGGAGCUGGAGGGACUGACCCCGUCCACAGAGUACACGGUGACCGUCUACGCCAUGUACGGAGAGGAGGCUAGCGACCCGAUGACCAGCCAGCAGACCACAUUACCACUUACCCCGGCGAGGAACCUGCGAUUCUCCGACGUGGACCACAGCUCCACCCGGCUCACCUGGGACGCGUCCUCGAGAAAGAUUAAAGGAUACCGCGUCAUGUACGUGAAGACCAACGGAGUCCAGACCACUGAGGUGGAUGUCGGCAGCGUGACGAGCUGGAUGUUAAGAAACCUGACCUCCCUGACUGAGUACACGGUGGGAGUCUUUGCUCUCUACGAUGAGGGACAAGCUGAGGCCGUGACCGAGAGCUUCACCACCAAAACCGUCCCUGACCCGCCGGACCUGAGGAGCAGCGACAUCACCACAGACAGCUUCAGGGUGUCAUGGCAGCACCCGGCCUCUGACGUGGUGAUGUACCGACUCACCUGGACCUCCACUGACGGAGGAGACAGCCAAGAGGUUCUGGUGAACGGAAACAUUAACACAUACCUGAUAACGGGACUGAGCCACCUGACGGAGUACGAAGUCCUCCUCGCUGCCAUCUACAACAACGAGGCGGAGAGCGACGAGGUGAUCCUGGUCGAGUCCACCGUUGAGAGAACAACCACCGUUGCUAUGACAACCACCGUCGCAGCAGCUCCACGUUACGGGGUGAAGAACUUAAGGGUGGAUGAGGAAACCACCUUCAGUCUGCGGGUGUCCUGGCAGGCCGGUGACACAAGGAACGUCCGACAUUACCGCCUGAACUACAUCAGCGCCAAAGGAGACAGAGCCGAAGAGACGAGGACGGUGCCCACAGGUCAGAGCAGCCUGGUUCUGCAGCCUCUGCUGUCCGACACAGAGUACAAAAUCGCCGUCACUCCUGUUUACCCCGAGGGAGACGGGCCGACGGCGUCACGGAUGGGAAGAACACUUCCUCUCUCAGCUCCUAAAAACCUGCGUGUGUCGGAGGAGUGGUACAACCGCUUCAGAAUCAGCUGGGACGUUCCGCCUUCCCCCACCAUGGGCUACAGGGUCGUCUACCAGCCGGUGUCUGCUCCUGGACCGGCUCUCGAGACCUUCGUGGGAGAGGACGUGAACACCAUGCUGAUCGUCAACCUGCUGAGCGGGACCGAGUACAGCGUCAAGGUCAUCGCCUCGUACACCACGGGAUCCAGCGAGGCCCUCAUAGGCCGGGCCAAGACCUUGUACCUGGGGGUGACUAACCUGAGCACCUAUCAGGUGAGGAUGGCCAGUAUGUGCGCCCAGUGGCAGCCGCACCGACACGCCAGCUCCUACAGAGUGCUCAUCGAGUCCCUGCUCAAUGGUCAGAAGCAGGAGACGAAGCUGAGCGGAGGAGCCAACAGACACUGCUUCAACAACCUGAAGCCCAACACGCAGUAUAAGAUCAGUGUGUACGCUCAGCUGCAGGACGGGACUGAAGGGCCCGCCGUCACCGCUAACGGGAAGACAUUACCCGUCCCAACUCCAGCACCGACCAAACCCCCCACCACCACGCCGCUACCCACCAUCCCCGCUGCCAAGGAAGUCUGUAAGGCCGCUAAAGCCGACCUGGUCUUCCUGGUCGACGGAUCCUGGAGUAUCGGCGAUGAGAACUUCCUGAAGAUCAUCCGCUUCCUGUACAGUACCACGGGAGCGUUAGACCGGAUCGGCCCGGAUGGCACACAGGUGGCCAUCGCUCAGUUCAGUGACGACGCUCGCACCGAGUUCAAACUGAACUCUCACAGCGACAAAGAGCGACUGCUGGACGCCAUAAACAAGAUCACCUACAAGGGAGGAAACACCAAGACAGGUCGAGCCAUCCAGCACGUGAAGGAGAACAUCUUCACGGUGGAGGGAGGAGUCAGGAGGGGGAUCCCAAACGUCCUCGUGGUCCUCACCGACGGCCGAUCGCAGGACGACGUCAACAAGGUUUCGAAGGAGAUGCAGAUGGAAGGUUACAUCGUGUUUGAUGGCUUCGCUGACGCUGACUACGGCGAGCUGGUGAGCAUCGCCAGUAAACCCAGCGACAGACAUGUGUUCUUCGUGGACGACCUGGACGCCUUCAAGAAGAUCGAAGAGAAGCUGGUGACGUUCGUCUGCGAGGCGGCCACUGCCACGUGUCCGUCCGUACCAAUGAGCGGCAGCACCACACCAGGUUUCCGUAUGAUGGAGCUGUUCGGGCUGAUGGAGAAUCGCUACAGCAGCGUCUCUGGAGUUUCCAUGGUGCCCGGCACCUUCAACACCUUCCCCUGUUUCCACCUGCACAGUGACGCUCUCCUGGUCCAGCCAACCAGGUUCAUCCACCCUGAAGGGCUGCCCUCGGACUACACCAUCACCCUGCUGUUCAGAUUGCUGCCCGACACUCCCGAGGAGCCAUUUGCCGUCUGGGAGAUCCUCAACAAGAACAACGAGCCGCUGGUGGGAGUCAUCCUGGACAACGGAGGGAAGACUCUGACGUUCUUCAACAACGACUACAAAGGACAGUUUCAGACAGUCACAUUCGAAGGGCCGGAAAUCAAAAAGCUUUUCUACGGCAGCUUCCACAAGCUUCACAUUGCAAUCAGCAAGACGAGCGCUAAGGUGUUGAUCGACUGCAAGAUGGUGGCCGAGAAGAACAUCAACGCAGCGGGUAACAUCACGACUGACGGCACGGAGGUUCUGGGCAGGAUGGUCCGCUCCAGAGAUAACAAGGACAACUCUGCGCCGUUCGAGCUUCAGAUCUUCGACAUCGUCUGCAGCACCUCGUGGGCCAACAGAGACAAGUGCUGUGAACUUCCUGGUCUGAGGAAGGAGGCAGACUGCCCAGCCAUGCCCAAAGCCUGCACCUGCACCCAGGACAGCAAAGGCCCCGCCGGCACUCCUGGACCUCCAGGAGGCCCUGGAAUCAGGGGUGCCAGAGGGGAUCGGGGAGAGCCGGGCCCGGUGGGACCGACUGGUCCAGUUGGUGACAUAGGUGUAGCUGGACCUCAGGGACCCCAAGGACCACAGGGACCCAGUGGGCGCUCCAUCAUCGGGUCCCCGGGUCCUCCUGGAGAGAGAGGACAGAAAGGUGACGCUGGACAACAAGGAGCUCAGGGAAUCCCUGGCAGAGCCGGAGGUCCGGGUCGAGAAGGACCUGCAGGAGUCAGAGGACUUCCAGGCAAGGACGGACCACCCGGCAGACCGGGUCCUGCAGGGACUAUCGGGACUCCAGGAGCUCCAGGGGCCCCAGGAAACACGGGCCCUUCAGGAAAACAAGGAGAGCUGGGACCACCGGGCGGUCCGGGAAGCAAAGGUGACAAAGGUGAACGGGGUGACCUCCAGUCGACAGCUUCUGUUCAGGCCAUCGCCCGGCAGGUCUGUGAGCAGCUCAUCCAGAGCCACAUGGCUCGCUACAACUCUAUCCUGAGCAGCGCACCCAGUCCUCCGGUGAACAUCCGCACGGUGCCGGGACCCCCUGGAGAGCCCGGCAGGCAGGGAACUCCAGGAGCUCAGGGAGAACAGGGACCCCCAGGACGACCCGGCUUCCCGGGACAGAACGGACAGAACGGACAACCAGGAGAGAGAGGUCAACCAGGAGAUAAAGGAGAGAAGGGAGAGAAAGGUGUUGGAAUCCAAGGCCCAAGAGGACCUCCAGGACCACAGGGUGCUCAGGGUCAGGGCAGACCUGGCAGCCAGGGUUCCACAGGGCGACCUGGAAAUCCAGGAACGCCCGGACGGCCUGGGGUUCCAGGACCCGUUGGCACUGCUGGACCACCGGGCUACUGUGACCAGAACUCGUGUGUGGGCUACAAUGUUGGAGAGCGUGAGGAUGUCACUGACGGAGGCCCUAUGUCUGCAGUCCAACUGCCGCCCAACGUCUUCCAGAACUACGGCGAGGUCGAGGAGGACGAUCCGUACCGAUACUACCAACCCAACUACCCGGCUCCACGGCCCGUGGCGCCUGACGACCCCGCGUUUGCCCAGGAUGACGUCGAACUGAGCUCCCCCGGCGUCUACCGCAGCGUCCGGAGCGUUGACGAAGAGGUGGAGAGAGUCGGGCCAAAGAGGAGGCUAAAGAGAGGAGCGAAGACGCCGCCGGGACUCAUGCAGUGAGCGGAUGUGAUGGCGGACGGAGGGCUGCUCGCUGUUUCUGGUUGGGCGGUGCGGAGUCGUUACGGACUAAUCAACAAGUGCCUGAUGUAGAGGAUUUCUUAUGGACUUCGUAGAGGGGACGGGUCGGGGGUAACGCUAUGCUACAAUUGAUGUUUGUUUUUAUUUUUGUGUUUUCUCUGAGAUCGCUGAGAGAAACAUGUCAGUCCUGAUUUCUAUUUCUAGUUUUGAUGUUUUUUUUGUUUCGCUCGUCGGUAAAGUGCCUCGUAACGGUGUCAAAAGAUUCUGGAAGAACACAAAGAGGUUCUGCAAGCGUUUAUACGGCGAGACGCUCGCAGGUUAAAUCUAAUCGAAACAACGCCAACGUUUAUAUCUACCUUUAAGUUUCAUAAAUCACUGUCAAGUGAAAGGCUUUCCGAUUUCAUACAUCUGAUUAAGUUUGAUGGCGUUGUGGCGAGUUCACUGCAGGCGCUGCAGGUCAGGCACGCUGACAUCAUUACGACCACGUCCCUGAAAUCUCAGGUGUGUGGUCGUCAUGAUGUCAGGAGGACAUUUUUAAUGUGUAGAAGUCUCGGCUGUAAGUUUACUGAAAUGCAAACAACAAACACAACAAACACUUUUCCUACGUGGUGCUGCAUGUCCAUCCCGUCUCUAUGACAACAGUCCCUAUGACAACAGACUGUUUACAACGGCCGCUGUAUGACCGACAUUUCUCCAUUACGAUCUGUAGGACAUAAAUAUGAGGAAUGUCAAACAUGUGGAACAGAGCACCGGUGAUGUCAGCAGCGCCUUUCUGAAAAGAUCAAAGAUUCUCAACUUGAGCGCUCGGAGCGGCGUUCUGAAAAAAGACGCUGAGCGCUGCGCUUUUUCUCUUGGUGGCCGCCUGCUGCUGCAAACGCUUUAAAAUAUGAUUAAGAGCUACUAAAACCAGAUAACCUCAUCGCCAACAUUCCCUAACCUUAAAGCCUCCCGCCACACCCAAACAGCAUACUACCACACACGCCUGCUACGCUAUCGCGGCGUUUGACGUCAGCUGGGCUGUUGUUUACUUCCUCAUUCCAAGACCGGAGACCAGCUCAGCCGGGCCUGCUGUCCUGCAGAAUAACCACGACUGGACUUCUGUCCAACGUAGUAUUUAAAUCACACUGUGCUGGACAGAAGUCUGCAGCCUAAUUAUUUUAUAGCUCCACCUCCUUGUCCAUUAGUGGUCGUGAUUGGUCGGAUGUGAUCGUGCCUGAUCUGCAGCAAAACUUUUGAACCUGUGUCACAUUUGAGAUUUUUUUUACCGUCUUUCUGUCGCCUCCUUUUUUUCCUUUUAUAGAUUAUUUAAAAAUAAAAGAACAGAAAGUUAUUUAUGUAAAGUUCUGCAUGUUUUUAAUCUGGUCGACACGUUGAACCGUUUGAUAUGAAGAUGUUUUUUAUCCUUCAUGCAGUCUCGAUGUUUCGCUCUCGGCCGAUGUGUCGGUGUUUAAAACUCCGACAGUAACAGCUGCUGUGAGCAGAGCGAUUAUGUUUCUGUGUUUGUGUUUUGGUUUCGUUUUCAGGAGCUUUUUGUCGAGUUGUCAGAGGGAUGAAACAAACAAGACGAUUAAAACGAGAUUAUAAAAAUGAUCCGACGAUAAGGACGGACAGCUGGUUCCCUCUCUGUGUUUCUUUGUUUGGAUUGAUCUGCCUCCAUCCGUCACAUUUAUCACUCAGAUAUUUUAACUUCCCCGGGCCCGCCAUCUGGCGCACGUUCACUUUUUAUAUAUUUCAUGCUCAAACUGGAGACUGAUUUGGAAACAGACGCUCGGCUGCUCUGUUCUAUCGGAGGUCACACCGUUCUUCACUCGGUUUGAUUUGCUGCAGAAAAUGUGCCUCGUUUAAGUUUUUGUUUCAGGAAGUCAGAAGUGGAGCUCACGUUGUUUCCCAAAUAUCUCUAAAAUGUUUAUUUCUGAGGCCUUCAGGUGAGCAGAGCACAGGUGUCCCUCUACCCCUCUGAUCAGGACGUGUUCAGAAAUACAAAUCAGCAAAGUAAUUUAUUUUUUACUUGGUGUUGAUUUUCUCAGAACAAUAAAACUGAAGUACAACCCUUA